AUGACACAACUGAAGACGUUCCCGUCGUAUGGGAGCGAGCGGAUGGUGGUGGAGCCGGUCAGCGACCACCGGCGGCGGCGGUCGUCGAGCAUCAUCUCGCACGUGGAGCCGGAGACGUUCGAGGAGGAGAACGACCAGCAGCUGCUGCCCAACAUGAACGCGACGUGGGUGGAGCAGCGCGGCGCGUGGGGCAUCCACGUGGUAAUCAUCGUGCUGCUCAAGGUGUUCUACAACCUGGUGCCUGGGCUGAGCAACGAGUGGUCGUGGACCAUGACGAACAUGACCUACGUGGUGGGGUCGUAUAUCAUGUUCCACCUGAUGAAGGGCACGCCGUUCGAGUUCAACGGCGGCGCGUACGACAACCUGACGAUGUGGGAGCAGCUGGACAACGGGAUGCUGUACACACCGACGCGCAAGUUUCUGAUCAGCGUGCCGAUCGCGCUAUUUCUGCUGAGCACGCACUACACGCGGUACGACCUGCAGCUGUUCGUGCUGAACUUCGUGCUGACGACGAUGGUGGCCGUGGUGCCGAAGCUGCCGCUGACGCACCGCGUGCGCAUCUCGAUCCCGGGGAUCACAGGGCCGGCGCAGAUCGGCUAG